GAAGCCGGCCAGGCGCGAAGGGAGGAAGGUGGGGGCGGGACGGCUGCGUGGCCGCCAUGGUGGAGGAGAAGGGGCGCUCCGGCGGCGGCGGGAUCAGCGAGGAGGAGGCGGCGCAGUACGACCGGCAGAUCCGCCUCUGGGGGCUGGAGGCGCAGAAGCGGCUGCGCGGCUCUCGGGCGCUGGUGGCCGGGCUGCGCGGGCUGGGCGCGGAGGUGGCCAAGAACCUGGCGCUGGCCGGCGUGAAGGCGCUGACGCUGCUCGACCACCGCCAGGUGUCCCUGGAAGACGCGCGAGGCCAGUUCCUGCUUCCAGCCAGCUCCCGGGGAAAGAACCGAGCGGAGGCGUCCCUGGAGCGCGUUCAGGACCUCAAUCCCAUGGUUGAUGUGAAAGCAGAUCCGGAGAAUAUUGAGCAGAAACCGGAGGAAUUCUUCACUGGCUUUGAUGUGGUCUGCCUGACAUGCUGCACCCAGGAAGUCCUCCUGAAGGUGGACCAAAUAUGCAAGAAACACGGCAUCAAGUUCUUCACUGGUGACGUCUUUGGCUAUCACGGCUACAUGUUUGCCAACCUGGGUGAACAUGAAUUUGUUGAAGAAAAGACAAAAACUACCAAAGCCAGCCAGGAAGGGCAGGGUGGCUCAGAUGCGAAGAAAGCCAAGUUGGAUAUUGCAGAGACAACCCUGGUGAAGAAGAAUGCUCAUUUUUGCCUCCUAAAAGAUGCCCUGACUCUCAGCUGGAGCAGUGAAGGGGCCAAAGCAGCCCUGAAGCGGACUGCCCCAGAUUACUUCCUGCUGCAAGUGCUUUUCAAAUUCCGGACAGAAAAGGGGCGAGACCCUUCCCCACUGAGUUACCUGGAGGAUGCAGAGGCGCUCCGGCAGAUGCGCUUGAGUGUGCUGGCGUCUUUGGGUGUUGGAACUGACCUGAUUGCUGACGACUUUGCCAGCUGCUUCUCAGAAAUGGCCCCCGUUUGUGCUGUGGUUGGAGGGGUGCUGAGCCAGGAGGCUGUCAAGGCUCUCUCACAACGGGACCCUCCCCUCAACAAUUUCUUCUUCUUUGAUGGUGUAAAGGGCAGUGGGGUGGUAGAGUGCCUGGCCCCCAACCUCCCAUCCUGAACUACGUGGGCUUGGGAGAUGGGUCUUCAGUUAUGGAUUCCCUUCCUGAACAGCCACCCCUCAUAAUGUUUCUUCCCAACUUAGCCUAAAUAAAAACUUAUUUGGUUA